GAUCGUCGAUAAGAACCUCCGUGCCACCUGCAUAUCUUCAAUCUCUAACAUUAACGAUUAUCAUCUCACAAUUCACUCACAAUGUUGCACUACACUGUCUUCUAUUGAAGCUUUACCAGUGAAUCUGCCAUACACGAUGAUUGGUAUCUAGGCAACCAUGGCGCGGGGUUCGGCAAACUGCGCCACUCAGCCUCACAAAACUCUACAUAUAAUGCACCUGCAUCCCCAAAACAUAAUGCCAACUGUUUCCAGAUCACAUCAACUUUCUGCAAUCAAAAAAGUCAUCCAAUCACACCGUACUUUCAAAAUGGCUUCCGCAAAUCCCAUGCCUUUGCAACGCGCUCCUAGUUCCAACCCUGAACACAGACCUAGUAAUGAUGUUGCCUCAUUCAAAAAAGUACUUGCUUCUUCUACUCGAGUUCUUGCUCUUUGCGGUGCGGGUCUCGGCGCUUCAUCUGGUCUUGACACUUUCAGAGGUCCAGGUGGCAUGUGGAGAAAUUAUCGCUCGCAAAACCUGGCUACCCUGGAUGCUUUCACAAGAGAUCCGGGUUUGGUUUGGUUGUUUUAUUCGUAUAGACGCCAUAAGGCAUUUGCUGCGGAACCGAACAAGGGACAUUUCGCGCUGGGGGAGUUGGCGAAGAGAAUGAAGAAGGAUGGAGAAGAGGGAUUUAUGUGUUUGACGCAGAAUGUCGAUGGUCUGGCUCAACGUGCGGGUCAUCCAGAAGGCUCCCUCAAGCUUCUUCACGGAAGUCUCUGUGAUAUCAAAUGUGCCGAUCCUGUUUGCUCUUACCGUGAACGCAACAACUUUGAAGAUCCUUUCCAUCCAUCUAUCGCAAUCACCAGCGAAGAUGAUAUCAAAAUCCUCCCCGCAGCUACCGAAACAGUAAGACCUUACAUCCCCCUAACCCUCAGCCCUGCAAUGUUAUCCAGAGUUGGCCCGGAAGUCCAACAAGCAAUGAUCACCUUCCUUGACCCAACCAAAAAAACAACCACGAUCAAUAAAGAAGAACUUCCUCAUUGUCCCCAAUGCACUACUGCUCUCUUACGCCCGGAUAUUGUGUGGUUUGGAGAAGCUCUCCCAGAAGAUACUCUAGAUGAAGUAGAUCGAUGGAUUGACAAAGCACCCGUUGAUCUUAUCUUGGUCGUUGGAACAACGGCAAAAGUAUAUCCGGCAGCAGGAUAUGUAGAUGUUGCGAGGGGUGCGGGCGCAAGAGUUGCAGUGAUCAAUAUGGAUGCAGAGGGCCUGGGUAGUGCGGGUGGGUUGGGCAAGGAUGAUUGGUUGUUUUUGGGUGACGCGGGUGCGAUUUUGGAUGAGAUUUUGAGUCCUUUGAGUGAUGGGGAAGAAAAGGGAAAUGGUGACGAGAAAGCUUAAAGCUGUGGUGCAGCGUACAGAAAGGCGAUUUUGAUUGGGAUAUGUGAUUAUUAAAAAUCAUGUCAUGGCGAAUAAGCAUGACCAUCAAAGUAGCCGCAUUGGCUCAUAUAAACUAUUGUUCAUUCUAUCGGAUGAAGGCAGCCUUCAUAAUUAGCGAGAUUUCAAAAAGAUUUAUUGAAAUCAAUAUAGUUUAAGUGUUCGGAAGCUGAUUCGCA